AUGCCACUAAGCGCAUAUAUGCUCGCCAGCGUUAUCUUGGUUUUACGAGAAAAUGGAGUCAGCAUACAGGAUAUCCAACGUCAGUUGGCUGACGAAAAUGUGUCUUGCCACCGAAGCACAAUAUACAGAUUCCUGGAAAGAUUCGAAGAGGGACACGUUCUUGCUGACCACCCGAGUUCAGGAAGAAGAGUUCAGUUCAGAGAUGAACAUAGGGACAUAGUUAAUCAUGAGAUGAGCAAUAACCAUGAAAUGAACUCGAUGCAAUUAAGGGAUGUAUUGCAAGAGCGAACAGACGAGUGCACUGUUCAGAUGGACUCUAAUGGAAGGUACCGUAUAUCCAAGAGGGGAGCCACUGAAAUUGCCCUAUUCACUGGAACGAUGGACAGCGUAAGGUAUCAGGACAUUUUAGAAGCUGCCCUUUUGCCAUUCAUCAGAGAGAGGUUCCCACAAGGACAUCGAUUCAUGCAGGACAACGCACCAAUGCAUACCAGUCGAGCUACUAUGCAAUUUCUGAGGGAAAACGGCAUCAACUGGUUCUGGACUCCACCGGAGAGUCUGUACCUCAACCCGAUUGAACUCAUGUGGGCAGAAAUGAAAUACUACAUUCGGCACCGAGCGAAGCCCAAGACAAAAGAUCAGCUGGCGGACGGAAUUCAGGAAUUUUGGUGCACUGUAGACCAAG